UUUUGCUAGCAGCAAGCCGCAUUGCAAUUUGUUAUUUUCGCUUUACUCUGUGAAGUGAAGCUGUUAGAGAGAGAAAGCGCUCUCCGUUGAAUUAGAUCUCUGUUCCUUACUUUGCUGGUUGCUAGACCUCUGCAAUUUCCACAUUUUUCUGUUAAAUUUUCUGUGUUUUGUUUUAUGGGAAUUCUCUCUCUCUGAGAUUAGAUAGUCUCUGCUACUUUUUUCUAGUCUCUUUUCUCUCUCUUUGUUCUUUGGGCCCAACAAAUCCUCUAUGUUAUAUCCUUCUGAUUUUUAUGUGCUUCAAGAUUGCCUUUUGCUACUAGGGUUUACGGGUGCCUUAGGAAUUCAUGAUUUUUACGUGAAAUUAAGUGGGAUUCUUAAGAUAAAUUUGGAUUACGAGUUGCUAAAUUUUAUUCAUCAGGUGUUUUUUUUUUAGCUUCACUUUUUCAUUUUUCUUUUCCCUUCUCUUUCUGUCUCUCUACAAUGAUAAUCAAGCGCAACUUGAAAUCACAAAUGCCGAGUCUUAAACGCCGCAAGCUUGGCGACUCGGCAGGUCAAGACGACGAUAGCGCAGCUUCGACUCGGAAGAAACGGAAACUAAACGGCUAUUAUCCUCUCAAUCUUCUUGGUGAGGUGUCCACACGCAUAAUUCCGGUUGCCCUUCGUGGGAUUCUCGGCUCCUCCAACAUGGAUUCCAACAAGGGAUUUGCUGCUUCUUGGUGCACUUGCUCCCCUCCAGGUGAAGUGGAGUCGGAGCCUAAAUCCAAAGCUCGAGAUUCAACAAGAGCAAAUAAUCGGACAGUGGAGGUCUCACGUCCCCCACUUGUGCGGACAACAAGAGGGCGGGUUCAGGUACUUCCUUCACGGUUUAACGAUUCAGUUAUUGACAAUUGGAGAAAAGAGAGUAAGAUUAGCUUGCGUGAUUAUAGUUUGGAUGGCGAUAUUCAAAGUGAUAACCAAACGACAAGGAGGGAUAAAGAUAGAGAUAAAUUCAGUUUCCGAACACCAAAAACAUGUUCUAGCAAUGUGAAGAAACAGAGAACCGAGGAGAGAAUUGGAUAUACGUCUCGUAAAUAUGCAACUUUGUGUGAGGAAGAAUAUGGAGGACAAUUGGGGUUUAAGAAGAACUUGAGUUCACGCAGUAUGCUCACUUCACUACAUGAGCAAUUGAUGGAAGAUGAGAAGUGUGCAGUUGUGGACUUAAGCAGCUUGGAGAGGCCAGAAAGGAAAGAUGGGUUGUAUGGACCCGAGGAUUUCUAUUCAGGUGAUAUCGUGUGGGCAAAGUCGGGGAAGGGACCAUUUUGGUCAGCCAUCGUGAUUGAUCCAAUGAAGCAGGCGCCAGAGCUGGUUUUGAGGUCCUGCAUACCUGAUGCAGCUUGUGUCAUGUUUUUUGGUAACUCUGGGCAUGAAAAUCAAAGGGAUUAUGCUUGGCUUAGACGGGGGAUGAUCUUUCCAUUUACAGAUUUUGUAGACUGGUUCCAGGAGCAGUCUGAAUUGAUGGACCGUAAGCCUGGUGAUUUCCAGAUGGCAAUUGAGGAAGCAUUUCUGGUAGAACAGUGGUUUACUGAGAUUGAAACUGUUUUCAGAUGGCUUCAAGGAGCUACUGGUUCCAACCAAUACCAGGACUGUCACUCUCCAAGGCAGGAUAUGUCUGGAAAUGAUAAAAGCAUGCGACCUUGUGAAGGUUGCGGCAUGAACCUUCCUCUUAAAUUGUCAAAGAAAAUGAAGGCUUUGACUCCUGGAGGCCAAUUCUUAUGCAAAAAAUGUGCUCGGUUAACAAAAUCAAAACAUUAUUGUGACAUAUGCAAGAAGAUUUGGAAUCAUUCAGACAAUGGGAGCUGGGUGCGCUGUGAUAGUUGUAAGGUUUGGGUCCAUGCUAAGUGUGACAAAAUUUCCAACAACAGUUUUAAUGAUCUGGGGGCCACUAAUUAUUACUGCCCUGCUUGCAAAGCAAAAUUCAAUUCUGAAUUGUCUGAUUCAGAGAAAGGGCAGCCAAAAUCGAAAAGUAAUGGUCAACCAACACUGCCCAACAAAGUUUCUGUUUUCUGCUCAGGAGUAGAAGGAAUAUAUUUCCCUAGCCUUCACCUGGUUGUGUGUAAAUGUGGGUCUUGUGGGCCAGAAAAGCAAGCACUUAGUGAAUGGGAACGCCAUAAAGGUUCCAAAAUUAAAAAUUGGAGGGCCAGUAUUAGGGUGAAAGGUUCCAUGCUGCCACUAGAACAAUGGAUGAUGCAGUUAGCAGAAUAUCAUGCAUGUGCUGUUUCUACCAGACCUCCAAAGCGACCUUCCAUUAAAGAUUGGAAGCAGAAGUUGCUAGCAUUUUUGCGAGAGAAAUAUGAACCUGUUUAUGCAAAGUGGACAACAGAGCGUUGUGCUGUAUGUAGAUGGGUUGAAGAUUUGGACUACAACAAAAUUAUUAUCUGCAACAGGUGUCAGAUAGCCGUUCAUUAAGAAUGCUAUGGAGCAAGGAAUGUUCAGGACUUUGCUUCAUGGGUUUGCAAGGCAUGUGAAACACCUGAUGUUAAGCGGGAGUGUUGCCUUUGUCUGGUAAAAGGUGGUGCUCUAAAGCCAACUGAUGUUGAAACACCAUGGGUUCAUGUUACAUGUGCUUGGUUUCAACCUGAAGUCUCCUUUGCAAGUGAUGAAAAGAUGGAACCCGCUCUAGGGAUCUUAUGUAUCCCUACGAAUUCUUUUGCAAAGAUUUGUGUCAUAUGUAAGCAAAUUCAUGGUUUUUGCACUCAAUGUUGCAAGUGUUCCACUUAUUACCAUGCAAUGUGUGCUUCAAGGGCAGCGUAUCACAUGGAGUUGCAUUGCUUUGAGAAAAAUGGGAGACAAACUAAUAUGGUUUCAUAUUGUGCAUAUUACAGGGCUCCAAAUCCAGAUACAGUUUUGAUUAUUCGGACUCCACUAGUUGUGUUUUCUGCCAAAAGCCUUUUUCAAAGUAAGAAGAGGGCUAGUACAAGGUUAAUUUCAUCCAACAGAGCAAAACUUGAAGAGUUGUCAACAGAAGAAACUACUAAGGUUGAGGCACUCUCUGCUGCAAGGUGUCGGGUCUUUAAAAGAGUGAACAACAAUAAGAAGAGAACAGAAGAGGAAGCCAUUUGCCACCAAUUGACUGGACCUUGUCAUCAUCCGUUAGGCGUAAUACGGAGUUUGAAUGCAUUCAGAGUAGUUGCGGAGCCUAAAAGUUUUUCUUCUUUCAGAGAAAGGCUUUACCACUUGCAGAGAACUGAAAAUGAUCGAGUUUGCUUUGGUAGAUCAGGGAUACAUGGAUGGGGCCUUUUUGCACGAAGAGGCAUUCAAGAAGGAGAAAUGGUCCUUGAAUAUCGCGGUCAACAGGUGAGACGCAGCAUUGCAGAUCUUAGGGAGGCACACUAUCGGUUAGAAGGCAAAGACUGCUAUCUUUUCAAGAUAAGUGAAGAGGUAGUGGUAGAUGCCACUGACAAAGGAAACUUAGCACGCCUAAUAAACCACUCAUGUAUGCCGAAUUGCUAUGCAAGGAUAACGAGUGUGGGUGAUGAUGAAAGCAGAAUUGUCCUUAUCGCUAAGACAAAUGUAUCUGCUGGUGAUGAGCUGACGUAUAAUUACUCGUUUGAUCCUAAUGAGCCUGAUGAAUUCAAAGUUCCUUGUUUAUGUGAAGCUCCGAAUUGCUGGAAAUUCAUGAAUUAGGUUUUAUACUCACAGCAGAGUCAUUGUUUCUCCGCAAGAAGCACUAACCCAAUCCCAUGCCCACGGGAUCUCAAUCAUACAAAAACCUUUUUUUGAGUCUUUGAGCUUAGUGUUCUGGUUCAGACAUUUGUGUAUAUCAGUUGACUCACCUUCAUUCGCCUAUAAUUAAAAGCUAACCCAUUUUCAUUGCUAA